AUGGGAACCGUGGGCAGAGCUCGGCCCAGUGUCCUACUCUGGGUGGCCUGUCUGCUCCUGGUGCUUCCCAUCAAGGCCACAGAGCCACAAGUCACUCAGCCAGAAGUGGACACGCCUCUUGGCCGGCUGCGAGGCCAGCAAGUGGCCGUGAAGGGCACAAACCGCCUGGUGAAUGUCUUCCUGGGCAUCCCAUUCGCCCAGCCCCCAGUGGGACACAUCCGGUUCUCAGCCCCAUUCCCGGCCCAGCCCUGGGAGGGUGUGCGGGAUGCCAGUCAUGCACCCCCCAUGUGCCUGCAGGAUGUGGAGAGAAUGAACAAUGGCAGAUUCACAGUCAAUGGAGAGCAUCAUGUCUUCCCCAUCUCAGAGGACUGCCUGACCCUCAACAUUUACAGCCCCGCCGAGGCUGCCACUGGGACCGGGAGGCCAGUCAUGGUGUGGAUCCACGGGGGCUCCCUGGUGGUUGGCUCAGCCACAUCCCAGGACGGCUCAGCCCUGGCUGCCUAUGGAGACGUGGUGGUGGUCACAGUCCAGUACCGUCUGGGCAUCCUCGGCUUCUUCAGAUGAGUUAGCAGCACUGGGGACAGGCACGCACCUGGCAACCAGGGCUUACUGGAUGUGGUGGCAGCUCUGCGCUGGGUGCAGGGCAGCAUCGGCUCCUUUGGAGGGGAUCGUGACUGUAUCACCAUCUUUGGCGGCUCUGCAGGGGCCAGCAUCGUCUCGGCUCUGGUCCUGUCUCCCAUGGCCACAGGAUUGUUCCACAGAGCCAUUGCCCAGAGUGGGGUUAUCAGCAUUCCAAGGUUGAUAGACCUGGACCCGUGGCUUAAAGCUCAGAAUACGGCCAAGUCCCUGGCCUGCAGCUCCACCUCCCCGGCUGAGAUGCUCGAGUGUCUGAGGCAGAAGGAAGGAAAGGAGCUGAUUUCGUCCAAGCCUGGGAGUUUUUCCACCUGCACAGUUGAUGGCGUCUUCUUCCCUCAAAAUCCCCAGGAGCUCCUGCAAGACCAGAAGUUCCGCCCCGUGCCCUUCCUCCUGGGCAUCAACAAUCACGAGUUUGGCUGGCUCAUCCCCAGGGCCUGGGGGUUGCUGGAUAAGCUGGAACAGUUAAGCCGAGAGGAAAUGCUGUCCUAUGCGAAGCCCUUCUUGACCUAUCUGGACGUGCCCCCUGAGCUGAUGUCAACCAUCAUAGACGAAUACCUAGACAGGGCCUCAGAUGCACAGGCCAGGCGCCACGCCUUCCAGGACAUGAUCGGCGACAUGCUCAUCUACUUCCCUGUCUUCAAUUUCUCAAGAAAUCUCCAAGAUUCCGGGGCUCCCAUUUAUUUCUAUGAGUUCCAGCAUCGCCCCAGCUGUUUUGCAAAGAUCAAACCAGACUGGGUACGAGCUGACCACGCAGUUGAAAGUGCCUUCAUGUUCGGGGGACCCUUCCUCAUGGAUGAGGGCUCCCAGCUGGAAGCCACAGAGGAGGAGAAACAACUCAGCCUCACCAUGAUGGCCCAGUGGGCCCACUUUGCCAGGACAGGGGACCCCAACGGCCAGGGGCUGCCUCUUUGGCCCCAGUUCAACCAAUCGGAGCAGUACCUGGAGAUUGGCCUAGUGUCGCGUGUCAGGCAGAAGCCCCGGGAGGCCCACAUGCGGUUCUGGAGACAGACACUCCCCAGCAAGAUCCGACAGUGGCGCCAGAAGCAGAGGGGCAAGAAGCCCCCGGAGGAGCUGUGA